UAUCCCCAAAAAUUCCCAUUUUUCCCCCCAGAAUUCCCAAAAAAAAUUUCCAUUUUCUCCCCAAAAUUCCCCCAAAAAAUCCCUAAAAAUUCCUAUUUUGCCUCCUCAAAAAUUCCCACAAAAAAUCCCCCAAAAUUCCCAUUUUUUCCCCCAAAACCCCCCCAAAGAAUCCCCCGAAUUUCCCAUGUUUCCCCCCAGAAUUCCCAAGCCCGAUCCCCAUUUCCCACUGUGCCGCGCGGUGUCUCUGCAGCCCGGCGGGCGGCGCUGGAGGCGGUGAUGCAGACGCUGGGCCCGGGGUUCCUGGCCGAGUUCCAGCGGCACCGCUCGCUGCCCGCGGCCGUGCAGGACUCGCUGGGCGCCGGCAGAGCCCCCGCGGAGCCCCGGAAAGGCGCCAGGAGCGGCCGCAGGGACGGAGGGGCCGGGCCCAGCUCCGCCCCCGAACCGCCGGGAACGGCGCCCGGCAAGGAGCGGGAGGAGGAGGAGGAGGAGGAGACCGGGAAGGGCCAGCCCUACAACAGGCUGCUGCGGGAGGAGCUGCUGAGCUGCGGCACGGUGCUGCAGAUCUCGGACCUGCCGGAUUCGGGAUUCUCCGACCAGGACAUCAAGAAGUUGGUGCAGCCCUUCGGGAAGGUCAGCGACCUCAUCGUGCUGCGCUCCCGCAACGAGGCCUACCUGGAGAUGAACUACAAGGAGGCCGUGAUCGCCGCCGUGCGCUUCGGGGAGACGGCGCCGCUGCUGCUCCACGGCAAGCGCGUCCGGGUCAGCGUGGCCGAGAGAGCCCAGGAAAAAAAACCUGUGAAAAAACGAGUUCUGAACCCCAAAAAAACUCCAACAAGCACCAAGAAAAUUCCCACCACCAGCACCAAGGGCCCCAAAGCCCUGGCAGGAAAAAAAGAAAAAGUGAAGAAAACCCUGGGAGAGAAGAAAGUGAAGAAAGCCUCGAAUGUGGGAGGGAAAGCGGCCGCGGAAGAUUCCGGAACUCCGGCUGAGGCCGGGCUGGAAAUUCCGGGAUCGGAGCCCUCCGAGCCCUCGGAUCCCAACGAUGCCCAUCCCAAAAUUCCCCAUCCCAACAAUCCCCAUCCCAACCCCUCCCCGGAGCCAGACGGGCCAGGGGAGCCCGGGGCAGCUGCAGAGGCAGGGCCAGAGCCUGCAGUGAGCGAGGAACCCACGGAUCCAGGCGGGAAGGAUGCCCCCGAGCCGUGCUGCGUGCUGCUGGUGUCCAACCUGCCGGCCAAGGGCUGCUCCCCCCAGGAGAUCUCCAACCUGGCCAAGCCCUUCGGGGGCCUGCGGGACCUGCUCAUCCUCUCCUCCCACAAAAAGGCGUACCUGGAGAUCCCCCGCAGAGCCGCCGAGUCCAUGGUGAAGUUCUAUGGCUGCUUCCCGAUGUGCCUGGACGGGAACCAGCUCCGCAUCCGGCACGAGCCCCGGCACCGCUCCCUGCGCGACGAGGAAGCGAUUUUCAUUGCCCUCAUCAAGGAGUCCGAUCCCAAGGCUGACGCCGCCUCCCUGCGCUCCCACCUGGUGCACCUGGGGAACCUCCCGGCCGAGGGGUUCCGGGAGCUGGAGCUGGUGUGUGCGGGGCUGCGCUUUGGCAAGGUGGAGCACUACGCCGUGCUCAGCAACCGCCGCCGGGCCAUCCUGCAGCUGGACAGCCCCAAGUCGGCGCGCUCCAUGCACAGCUUCCUGCAGCAGUAUCCCUAUUCCAUAGGGGAGCACACCCUCACCUGCUCCUUGUCCUCCCACGGAGACCUUCCCGAGGCUGAAACCGGGAAAAAGGAAGUGAAGACAGAGGACGGGAGCAAAGGAAGCUCUGGCUUGAAAAAAAUUCCAGAGGGAUUGGGAACGGUGCAAAAACCAGCUGGGAAUCCAUCGGGAGAGGCCAGGAAAGGCCAAACUCCCACCCCAAAUGUCCCGGAGGAGAUUCCAGCGGGACAGCUGGAGAUUCCCGAGUCACAGCCAGGAGAAGCAGCGAGGGAAUCGCCUGCAGGGAUGGAUGUGGAGGGAUUGGAUCCUGGAAUUGGAAUUCCCGUGGAUCCUGCUGGCAGCAAAUCGCCCGGAGCGAGGUCGGAGGAGAAACCGGCGCCGCUUUCCGGAGCGGGGACGGACAAAACUCAGGAUGAGCCGGAGCUGGAAAUCCAAAAGGAGGAUGAGGAACCCUCUGCUCCCGCCGUGGAACCUCUGGAAUCAUCCAGCAAGGCUGUCCCAGCAGCUGGAGGAAUGCCAGGAGCCAUCCCUGGAGUGUCCCCAAGCUCGGAGGAGGCUCCCGCGGUGUCACCCGGUGUCACCCAGCCCAGCACAGAGCCAGCUGCUCCAGAAGAAACUCCCAUUCCCGAGGCUGGGAAAAGCAGCCGUGAAACGUCCACGGAGAGGAAAGCUGUCCCAAAAACUCUGGAUGCUCCAGGGAAAAAAUUGGAUGUGACUGGAGCAGAGAGAGAGGCGACAGCGGAGGAACCCGUGCUCAAAAUCGGGGAAAAUCCGGGAAAGACUGGGGGCAAGGCUGAGACAGAGCCGGAGAAAACACCUGGAAAAACAUCAUCCAAGGGUGGGGAAAACUCUGGGAAUGCUGUUGGUGAGGUGCACGGGGGAAGUUCGGUUAAAAUCCCACAAAACAAAGGGAUGGGAGCUGCAAAAUCCGAAGAAAACCGCGCGGCGGCUCCGGGAAAUCCCACUGCAUCCCUGAAGGAAUCUUGCAUUGGGAAAACCCUUUUGAAGGCAGUGGUGUCCGUCCCGGACAUCCUGAAGCAGAGAAUUCCCAUCAGGAUCACCGAGCCUUCCCUGGGAAGAGCUGGGGAGCAGAAAAUCCCCCCCAAAGCGGGGCUGGAGAAGAAAAUCCCACCCAAAACCGCGACUCAGCCGGGAGCUGGGAACAGCCAAUGCAAAGGGAACGGAAAUUCCAGAGUGGAGGCACAGGGAGACGAUGGGAAGAGCUCAUCCCAGCAGGAAAAGGAUUCCCAGCUGGAACCUCAGGCGAGUUCAAAGCAGAGCCAGCAGGGAGAGAGAGGAACAUCUGGCACGAGGGAAGAUCCCAGUGGGAAUCAGGCUCCUGGUGGGGGCAGUGCUGCAGCUUGGAAAAGCAGCACCGGCAGUGCUGGAAAACAGAAGGAGGAGGAGGAGCUCUUCCCGUUUAACCUGGACGAGUUCGUCACGGUGGACGAGGUGCUGGAGGAAGCCGAGUCCCCGGUGAUGCCGCGGCGGAACCCCCCGAGGGGGAAGAGAAAAGAAGCCCCCAAAGCCAACCCUCCGGAGCCGGCGUCCAAGAGGAGGAAAGGGAAGAGUUGCGGAGCCGAAGGUGAGCUGUCCUUUGUCACCUUGGAUGAGAUCGGGGAGGAGGAGGACGCCCCGGUGCCGCUGCCGGGCGUCGACCCCCAGGGCCUGGUGGUGGUGGAUGAGGUGGUGGAAGAGGAGGAGCUGUCGGAAGCGGUGAAGGAUCCGCAGGCGCUGCUGACGCUGGAUGAGAUCUCGGAGCAGGAGGAGCCGGGCUCCCAUGGGAACGGGCCCCGGGCGGAAUUUGAGGAGCGGGAUCUGAAGGCCGAGCCCUUGGUGACGGUGGAUGAGAUUGGGGAGGUGGAGGAGCUGCCCCUCAACGAGCCCGCGGAGCUGAGCGCCGCCGAGGAGGGAAAAACCAAUCCCGGGGAUUGCGCGGCCUCCCAGGUGCCCGACGAUCCCAACGCCUUGGUGACCGUGGAUGAGAUCCAGGAGGACAACGAGGACAAUCCUCUGGUGACUCUGGAUGAGGUUAACGAGGAUGAGGAUGAUUUCCUGGCCGACUUCAAUCACCUCAAAGAGGAACUAAACUUUGUUACAGUCGACGAAGUCGGCGAUGAGGAGGAAGAAAGCACUUUCCCAGGGAAGAACCCGCCCGAGGAUGAAGAUGACGAAGAUAUUGUUGCUGUUGCAGGACCAGAAGAAAUGGGAAUUCUAGGAGAUACAAAUCCAGAGGAUGAAUUGGCUGAAAUCUCCAAGCCAAAAGCAGCUCAGCUGGGAUCAGAAGAUGGAGAACCAAAGUCUCAGCAGAAGAAAACCACUUUUCCAGGUGUCCCCAAGACACAGAGCAUUCCCAAAGCUCUGGACAUCCUGGUCCCAAAGGCCGGAUUCUUCUGCCAGAUCUGCUCCCUCUUCUACGCCGACGAGCCCUCCAUGAUCAACCACUGCAGGACCCCCCUGCACCGGCAGAACAUGGAGAAAUUCAUGGCCAAGCAGCAGGAAAGCGGCGGGGAGGAGCCGAGCUCCAGGUGAUGGAGCUUCCCAGGAGUGACACUUCGGGGCCAGUCAGUUCUGUGUGUUUGGAUUUCCUUUGUCGUUUGGGGUCGGGAAGGAGCAUCCAUGGUGUAAAAAAUCGGAGCUGGGAACAGACCAAACCCAAAGCAGGAGAGGGUUGGAUUUGUGUCUCCGAUCAUCCGACGUGGGAGAGACUGUUCCAGGUGUCUCCAGGAAAUAAAUGUUCUCACUGUAUAGUUACCCCAGGGUAGCUACAGGAAAUAAAUGUUCUUACUGUAUAGUUA